UAGGAAUAUGUACCUGUAUAUCGUGAAUCUAUUCGUUGGAAGUCUAAAGAGAUUGAGACUAGUAAAGCAAUUGUGUACAUGUCGAAGUCCAAUCAACUCUAGAAUCCCAUAUCCUAGCUUUCCCCACAGUUAUGACGACGCCGUCUUCUUGGCUCUUUCCUUGCUUGCCUUGCUCUAGUUUCAGAUGCAGCUGACAAGGACCGGUACAUUGCAGGUACGUACUGCACCGCCAUCAUUCGAGGUGGCAGCUGCGUGGUCGGUGAGGAAUAGAUAAAGACAUACAAAGUAUUGAAUUACCUACCUCUAGCCCAAAUUUUACCUACGUAAUUCAAAAUGGCUUGCGGCUCAUCACACUCCCACCUUGUCAACCGAAACGGACCUGGAAGUGCCGCGUCUUCAACUAUCGAGAGCAUCAUAAAGCCCGCCGAAGCAACUGGAGGAAAGACGAAGUGUAUCGAUUGUGGUGACUUUGAGUGCUGCUGCAUUCCCUGCACGGUUAUGUAAGAUGUGGGACUAGGGUGGAUGUCAACGAUGGUAGCACACGAAUAAACGAUUUAUUGAAGCGGAUCUGUAUUUGCAAACAAAAUUCUAUUAUGGUCUGACAAUGUACUCCGACUAGCAUCCAGGGACAUUUAAGUAGUCCAACGAAAAAAAUAUGCUACGU